CCGUGCAGUGCCGUGCGGCUCAGGAAGAGGCUCCGCGCCGCUCAAGCUGAAGGCUGCUCCGGCUGAAUGAAGGGCUCCGUCCAUGCGGAGGCUAGCGCUCAUUCUGCUGCCCUGUGCUGUCGCCGUCCUGGUGCACUUGUGGUUGGCACAACGACCCUCCUCCACGCCGCUGGACAACAACACACGCUCCGAUGAAUCGGUCCCUUUCUAUGAAGUUUUGGUGGGAGUGUUGUCAGCGAGACACCACUACGAACUGCGACAAGCGAUAAGGGAGACCUGGCUGGGCUACCUCCGAGAUCACCCUCUCUACCAGAGCAGAGUGGGGGUGAAGUUCAUCGUGGGCGAACAUGGGUGUCCCAUUCCAGAGGAGGACAGAGAGGAUCCGUACUCCUGCUCCCUCCUGAACUUCACGCAGCCAGUGGCAGGCCGGGAUGCGGAGAUAGAGAUCGUGAGGGUGUCCGACCCCUCGGCGCUCGCCCCCUCUGACGUGUCGGCCAUCGCCUUGGAUUUCAAGGUCCUCCACCCGGUGGUGAUCACCAGGCUCGGGGUGUUUCCCAGCGGGAGCCAGCCAGAGCUUCAGAGCAAUGUGACGGUGAAGCUUCUCCAGCUGGACCAGGAGGAGGCUGUGGUCACUGCUCGCUUCAGUGCCAUCAGCACAGGGACCAUGGUGAGCGGGCUGUGGUACAAACCAGUGGAGCAGUUCAUCUUGCCUAAGGGUUUUGAGGGGACGCUGGUUUGGGAGAAUAUGGCCUCUGCUGGAUUGACGACGGUCAACUCCUCUGUGCCGCUCAAUGAUGGUGGAGGAGUCCUCAAGAUCUCAUCUAUCGCAGAGGGCGUCUUGCCUCAUAGAAGUGCGCUUGGAUUUCCCGGUUUGGCUGGAGGGUUCACAUUUACUAUCUACGAUGAAGACGGCCUGUCGGGGCUCCUGCGGGGCCGCCCGGCCAGGAUGGAGCGCCACGCCUCCAGGCUGAGGCAGGAGGACGCCGCCUUGCAGCAGGAGAGCCUCAGGCACGGCGACAUGGUGUUCGUGGACGUGGUCGACACCUACAGGAACGUGCCUUCCAAACUGCUUCAGUUCUAUAAAUGGUCUGUGGGAAACGCUGACUUUAACCUGCUGCUGAAGACUGAUGAUGAUUGUUACAUCGACGUGGACUCGGUAUUAAUGAAAAUUGACCAUAAGGGUCUCAAGCGCAGCAAUUUCUGGUGGGGGAAUUUCAGGCAGAGCUGGGCAGUGGACCGCAUUGGGAAGUGGCAGGAGCUGGAGUACGCUAGUCCAGCGUACCCGGCGUUUGCCUGCGGCUCGGGCUACGUGGUCUCUCAUGACCUGGUCCAGUGGCUCGCCAGCAAUGCAGAUAAACUGAAGGCCUAUCAGGGAGAAGAUGUGAGCAUGGGGAUAUGGAUGGCAGCUGUUGGACCACAGAAAUAUCAGGACCCCGGCUGGCUGUGUGAGAAAGAGUGCUACCUGGACAUGCUGUCGUCACCCCAACACACCGCCGAGGAGCUGCUCACCCUCUGGGACAGGAAGAGGGCCUGUGGAGACCCCUGUGGUUGUCCCUGGGGCCACUAAAUGUGACUCACAAUCACCACACGGCACUGUGGGUAAAAUGCAAACUGAGUAGUUUCAGAGUUUUAUCAGUUACAAUUUUAUGAUGAAACAAUUCGAGUUUUGAAAUGUGGGCACUUCUUGUGGGGAAAUAAUCUUAAAAGCUUUUAGAUUUCAUUGCAGGUUCUUAAUAUUCACAUCAACGUCAUAAAACAGUUGCAGCUGUAGCAUUGCGUCAGCAUUUGUAUCAUGAACUCAGUUCUUAUAUUUGAGAUUGUCUGUUCCACUGAAGACGUUUUUAAUGUGCACAACGUCUGGAUUAAAAGAAGCUUUAGUUAUGUGAUAAGGACAAGAACCAUCUGCAGUACCAGCAUGUGCUGGUCCUCAUGUAAACAAUCACUGCUGUAAGACUUGAGUACUCUGUAAUAUUGUAAUUAUUGGCACCCUGAUACUUGACUUAAACCUUGUGGUUUAAAGGGGAUGUUUGAUGGAGUGACUGCUUUACAUUGCUAUGUUUUGUAAAUUCUUGUCUCGAGCUUUUCACCCUCUUCACCUUUUUGUAGAUUCACGACAAGCGUUCUCACAAACACAGUUCAAACUGUGUGUGUGUGUGUGUGUGUGUGUGUGUGUGUGUGUGCGCAAAUAGUGAUCUGGCCUUACUGUAUUUGUUAGGCGUCACACUGUAUGUAUGUUAACACUUGUGAUAUCCACACAUAUUUGAAUAAGCGUGUUUGCAACAAAAUAUUUUGGAGCUUGAGCAAGCAGUCGGAGUGACUGUGAAAAAGACUCACUUGUUUAACACUGCUUUUAUGAAACCCUUCUCACAGGUAAUAAAGUACACUGAAGAGAGAUGAAUGACUUCCUCGUUUGUUUUUUUUGGGGACGUGGCGCACGGUAAAGUCACGGGGGUUGCUGAUUCUGUGUUGGAUCCAUGUUGUGCCUGAAGCAUUGUUUUAGCCAUUAGUGCUGCUCAGUCAGCAAACGGACUUUGCUCGUGCUGUUACAGAAGUCGGCUUCUUCGACUUGAAAGGAAUAUGAAAUCACUUUGAUGUCUAUUGGGGAUUGUUUUCCUGAGACAGUGGCUCAGACGCCGCUGGAAUGAUGAACAGGGAAACCCGUGGAGUGUUGUUGGCCCCAAAUUGAUCCGCGCCUUCAUGUCGAAUCAUCAGCACUGAACACAUCCAGCCGUCAACUCGUACUCAUUGUACCUCUUUAAAAAGCUUGGAAUUAAGUAAAUGUGGUGAUUUCUAUGAGCCUGCAGUGAUUUGUUUGUCUGUUAAAGUUUAGCCAUGUUAUGAUUGAGUCACUAGAGUUAGAUUAGCCUUUCUCUGUGUGGUAAAUAGUGAAAGAUGAUGCUGAGUAUUUUACUAAUGGGGGAUAAUACAAGUCGUUUGUUUUAUUUAGGCCUGCCAUUCCUCUUUCUCCUCAGCCUCCCGAUCUUAUCCUUUUCGCCGCCACUCCUUCAGUGAGCUGCAUUAUAACAAAAAUCAUAUCUGCAUCUGUUCCGAUCUCCUACGUCGAUAAGGACGGGGGUGGGGGGAGCGCCCUCAUCUCAGCUCAAGUGCUCCUGAAGACGAAGUUAUUGAAGUGGUCUGAAGUUUGAUGAGCGCUGUGGGGAUAUUGUCACUCACCUAUGUAGAAUUUAUAUAUUAUCAGCAUUGUUUAUUUCCAGAGAUGUGCUUCAAAUCUUCUGCCUCCUUGGUUCUGUUGGUGUGUAUGAGUUCUGUUCUCUCAUUCAUACCCAUCCAAGCAGGCAAUCAAAUCAACCACAUCAUAAUAACUUGAGACAAAUUGUUCAAUGUUUGCAGCCUCUGUCUAGGCAUGUAAAUUUAGCUGUUUGCGACUUUUUAAGACUUCAACUCACCUCAUUUGCUGCCAAUAUACAAUGACUGUACAUCAUGUGGAGAGUACUAUUCUGCGGAUUAGUGCCUCAUAUUUUCAAGGAAUAAAAAUGCUGUGAAAUAAUGCGUCAAAGGGGAACACCACUCAAUAAUUCCUUUGUUCUGUGUGAGAUCAAUAUUUGUGAGCAUGAAGUCUCCCAAAGCUGGAUGUUUAAAGAUUGAUCACAACAAAAAAAGUAUUUUGACUACACAAGUACUUAGUGAGUAUUCUUACUCACUAAGAUCUCAGCUUAGUGAGGAAGAAUAUCUGAUUCAUCCGUAUGUUUGAUAUAAAUAAACCCCACACAUUUUGAAUCAUCUGCCCUUAAGCAAGUGUGUAAUCUUUUCCAAGAGACAUCGAGAGUACAAUUCCCUGAACCACUGACUUAUUUUCACUCUAUUAAUAUUUUGCCAGGAAAGUGCAAUCAUCCGUUUAGCCUCUGACGAGCACUGCUCUGAGAAAACAGAAAUAACUUGAGCGCUUGAGUUAAUUGUAUUUAUAAAAUCCUUUUCAUCUCGAGUCUCACCUCUUCCUAAAACUCAUUGCUCUGCAGAUU